GCUCUGGCCACGCAAUGCUCCUUUAAAAUGACUUCAAUUCUCUCCUGGUUCCGACGGCUAUAUUCUCUGGAUACGUUGGAUACUCGUUUCAUUAUCUCGUCAAAUACUCCGCUGAAGGCCGUCGCUGCUGACACGCGAUCUGCUCCCGCCAAAGAUGCCCGCGCAAAUGCAAUUGCCAGCAAUGCUGCUCCUCCUAAGUGGCGCACGCCUGAGUUCUGGGUAUACUAUGUCAUCUUUCUCAUCGCGGUACCGUUGAUGUUCAAAACGGUUAUCGAAGUGUCACAGGAGAGUCAUCCAACCUAUCCAACAUACUCUCAUUUACUGUCCCCUGGCUGGAUAGCUGGGCGCCAAGUGGACAAUUCGGAUGCGCAGUAUUCCAGCUUCCGGGAUAACAUUCCCUACCUGCUUGCCCUUUUGGUUGCCCACCCACUACUCCGUCGUGUCUACGAACAUUUUGUACAACCGGUCGAUGCAGGCUCGACUCAAUCAAAGACCAAUGCGACUACAGCUCAGGGAGACGCUCGCCUGGCUCGCCGGGUCCGAUUUGACUUUUAUUUCGCCCUGAUUUUUAUCGUUGCUCUCCAUGGCGUAUCUGCCAUAAAGGUGCUCGGUAUAUUAUAUGUAAACUACAAGAUUGCGAAGUCGCUUCCACGGCAAUAUGUGCCUACUAUUACUUGGACAUUUAACAUUGCGAUACUGUUUGCGAAUGAACUCUGCACAGGCUACCCCUUCGAGCGCAUAGCCACCAUGCUGGUGUCUUCAGCAGAUAGCGCCGGGCAGGACUCUCCUCUAGUCCUAUGGGGUCGAUAUAUCGAUAGUUUUGGGGGCUUCAAUAUGGAUUACUAUUGGAGCCUUGAUUAUCCAGCCUCGAGUCCCAUUGAGAAACAAGCUGAUCCCACGGCACUAUCGGAGCGCGAUCGUGUGAACAUCCCGGCAGAGCCCGGCCCCAUUUUAACAUUCAACGACUAUAUUUCACAACAGCGAUUCCAACCUCUAUCUCUUACCAGAUCCCGUGUUACUCGCUACGCCGUCCGUUUCCUUUUGACCGUACUGGCCAUGGAAUUCAUCCUCCAUUUCAUCUACGCAGUGGCCAUCUCCCAAGCACACCCGGACUGGUCAUUGUAUAGCCCUGGCCAGCUCAGCAUGCUAGGCUUCUUCAACCUUCACAUCAUUUGGCUGAAGCUCCUAAUUCCAUGGCGAUUCUUCCGGCUCUGGGCCCUAGUCGACGGCGUCGACCCACCAGAGAACAUGGUCCGCUGCGUCUCAAACAACUACUCCGCAUUCGCCUUCUGGCGCGCCUGGCACCGCUCAUUCAACCGCUGGAUCGUGCGCUACGUCUACGUGCCCCUAGGUGGAGGAAGAGGUCGAGCACGUGGCGACGAUAACAAAUCAUCAUCUGUACUCUUUGCCAAAGCCCGCCAGAUCUUCAACUUCCUCAUCGUCUUCACCUUCGUUGCUCUUUGGCACGACCUCAACCUCCGUCUCCUCAUGUGGGGAUGGCUCAUUACACUCUUCGUUCUCCCCGAGAUCAUCGCUACUCUCCUCUUCCCCGCGCACAAAUGGCGUUCCCGUCCGAAUACAUACCGCGUCCUUUGUGGUAUUGGUGCAGUAGGGAACAUUCUCAUGAUGAUGAUUGCCAAUUUGGUCGGGUUUGCUUUGGGCUUGGACGGAAUCCAGGGCUUGCUUAGCGAGAUGCUGGGGUCUUAUUCCGGUCUGGUUUACCUGGCUACGGCCUGUGCCGCGCUAUUUGUGGGGGUCCAGGUUAUGUUUGAAAUCCGGCAAGAGGAGUUACGAGCUGGUAUCAACUUGAAGUGUUAA